AACAUUUGUGAACCUGAAAAUUUCCCUUCCACGCCGCAUGAGGGUUUCGUCGUCGAAACAAGCACAGGGCCCGCCCGCGAGUGCAUGGCAGUGAGCCUCCUGGCCAAUGACGUGUCGGACCUCUGCAUUGGCAAGCCGGUCGUGAGGUCCCUCCCGCUCUCCGCGGCCGCCGGCGACCUCGCCGCCACGGUCCGCAAGGGGCCCCAUGCCGCCGCCGCCUCCUGCAUCGCCAUCGGCCCGGCGCGCGGCGUCGUCGCGGGACGCGCCGGACUCGCCGACGUCCUCUGCCUCCCCUGCUCCUCCCCCGACGCGCUAGCUGGCCGUGAGGUCCCUCCCGCUCUCCGCGGCCGCCGGCGACCUCGCCGCCACGGUCCGCAAGGGGCUCCGCUCCGUCGCUGCCGCCUGCAUCGCCGUCGGCCCGUCGCUGCCGCCUGCAUCGCCGUCGGCCCGUCGCGUGGCGCCGUCAUGGGACGCGCCGGCUUCGCCGACAAUGACGUGUCGGACCUCUGCAUCGGCAAGCCGGCCGUGAGGUCCCUCCCGCUCUUCGUGGCCGCCGGCGACCUCGCCGCCACGGUUCGCAAGGGGCCCCGCGCCGCCGCCACCGCCUGCAUCGCCAUUGGCCCGGCACGCGGCGCCGUCAUGGGACGCGCCGGCUUCGCCGACGUCCUCUGCCUCCUCUGCUCCUCCCCCGACGCGCUUGCGCGCCCCGCCGCCGCGCUCGACCGGCCCGUCUCCGCGCUCCUCCCCAAGGACGGCGCCGGCGAGGUCCGCCGCGUAGAUCCUCGUUCAAGGUACUCCUCCUCCCCCUCUUGGCACGUUUUUACGGAGCUUGCCAGAAGCGCCUCGCCGGUUCUCGAGGUCUUUGACCGGAGCCAAAACAAGAGGCACCGAUGGCCGCUCCGUAGCCGGGGCCAACAGAGGUGUUGCGGUACCACCAGGGGAGCUCAAGGCAGCCCUCGCCGGCGUCAGCCGCCCUGGUGCGGGAGGAAACAUGCACGUGAUCGGGACAUUGGCAACGUUGUCCACGACAGCAAGAUCCAGCUACCGGCAGGGACCAAUCGACCACUCACCAGGAGGUUGGGCGCUCAGCUCUUGAAGAAGGCCCAAGCCAAUCCAUGCAAGAACAGCGUAGUUGUUCCUCCAGCAGCGCGGGUAACCCUCAAGCCAGUAAACAAGAAGCAAUCCAAUGCUGGGGAUGGUUGCAGGGAAACAUGAACUCUGGAUCCAAAAUAGAAGAUACAAAGUAUAAAAUAACUUCAUUUCAGGGGCGUGUAUUGGGAGCCCCCAUGAUUCAGGGCAAGUGGUACUUGAAGCCAGUGAUAAACCAUGAAGGAUGCUAAUUGUGGUUAUCCUACUUCAACAACGUGCUUGUCAGUUGCCACUCAAGAGUGACAAAGUACAACAUGCCAUUUUCUUAAAGAAACCACUUCAACUUUUGUAUGUAGUAUGUUGUGAAGAAUAAUGACAGGGCCUUGUUUGUAUGCAUAUCUAAUGUAUUUUCAUGCUGAAGCGGGUAAUGUACUCUUGCAAGUCUCGCACGA